AUGUGCGUUGCAGCUUGUUUUAAUGAUGAUAAUGACCGGAACGGAUUACAAUUUGACACCGAGCAUAGAGAUGGCAGAGUUUGUCCAUAUACAUUGAUUAAGCAAAUCCUAUCUCGUGCUGUUCUUUUGCUGUCAUAUAAAUGGACAUCAACACCAUACUGGUCAUUGGUGGAAGAAAUACAGUAUCCAAAGGCUGUAAACGAGCAGAUCAAACAAAUAUUGAAGAGGAAUGGUAAAUUUGCACUUAUAAUUAUGUCCAAUAAUAGCAGUCCACAAAUGCACCACCGGUGCAAAGAUGUGGUACAAAGAGGUUGUCGAGUACAGCAGGGGUCAUGA